CACCAACCCCUCUCUAGUUGAUAUUUAUUGGAUCAGCCAGGAGAAAGAAAAUUCACAAACUGUUCCUUGUUUUCUGCUCGGAUUUGCCGUAACAAACAAUAACCCACUAGCCAACGUACACCAACUAGCCUGCGUGCGUUUAGCUGCGAAUUGCUUGCCAGUGCACGUGUUUCUUCUACCAUCGCGGGAAGCGUAUUAAAAUCGCAAGCAUGAAUACCUUCUAAACAACAACAACACAGACCAAACCUGCUUUGCUGGAGGGGGGGUUUUGCUCGAAGGCUCGGAGGCAAGUUCGGACGUGGUAAAGUGACUACUGUGCAGAGUACCAUCGGCCACGCAAAAUGGGUCUGUUUGCAAGCAGACAGAAUGCCACCGUCGAGGAAACGGACGUGAGCCUGAACCAUCUGUACAAGUAUCCACCCCGGUCGGGCAACUACUUCGGAACGCAUUUCAUCAUGGGUGGUGAAAGGUUCGAUACUCCCCAGCCGGAAGCGUACUUAUUUGGCGAGAAUGCUGAUUUGAACUUUUUAGGUUCCAAGCCAACCCCCUUCCCUUACCCACCGCCACAAGCGACAGAACCGACGAAAACGCUGAAAAGUCUUGUCAACAUUCGCAAAGAGUCGGUGCGCUUUGUGAAGGUGCUGGACGCGGGUGGCAACGGUGUCGUCAAGCCGGCUGGGGGCGAUCAAGUUGCAAAGCCCAACCCCGCGACGACGACGACGACGACAACCAACGGUACCAUUAGCAAUGGCUACAACAUCGAGUUCAUCUUCGACGCCGAUUCGCCCUGCCACAUCACUAUCUACUACUUCUGCAUCGAGGACAUCGGGCCAGGCGGAUCGAAUUACAUUUCGCGCGAUUCCUCCAUGACGUCGGAAACGUUCCACUUCCAGCGGGGCGUCAAUCAGCUGUUCUCGGCCCCGCACCACAUCAUCUACCCGGCACUGUACGCGGAGGAAAACCUGUCCUACAGCCCGGACAAGGAUACGUUCCCCGUCGUCAUCCACUGUGUCGUCGGUGAGGCGACAACCGGUGGUGGCAACAGUGCGGUGGCUAACAGCAACACCACCACCGUUACCACCAUUACCAACAACAACAGUGCGCUCACUGCCGGCGUAGCGAGCGACGGUGGCGGCGAUAGUGGUGGGGCCGGCCCGGGCAGCCGUCAGUCGCAUGCCACGAUCUGCGUAAUCGAUCACCAUUCCGACGGGACGUACGCGCUGCGUGCGCUGAAGCAGAAGAUCUUCGUCGACGGGCUGUACUAUCUGCUGCAGGAGAUCUACGGCAUCGAGAACAAGCUGGCGAACAAAACGGUCACGGACGAGGAGACGGAGGACAACGGGAGCGAGUGCGUCAUCUGCAUGUGCGACACGCGCGACACACUGAUACUGCCCUGCCGGCAUCUGUGCCUGUGCAACUCGUGCGCGGACUCGCUGCGCUAUCAGGCGAACAACUGUCCGAUCUGCCGGGCACCGUUCCGUGCGCUGCUGCAGAUCCGGGCCGUGCAGAAGGAGGGUGCCGGUGGCGGGGGCGGCUUACCGUGUGGUGGCAGUACACCGGCGGCACAGAAUUCGGCCGACAGCGCUGAUAACAUUCCGGCCGGUUACAAGACCAUAUCACUGAUCGAAGCACUGAACGGCCCGACAGUUGCAAUGAAAGCGAUCAACGGCAGCACCGACUCAACCGCUGGCACCGAAAAUGGUAGCGAGAAUAAUCGGAGCACCGAGAAUGGUUUCGGAUUCCGCAACAAAAUGACCAAGUCAUCCACCGAUCAUAGCAGCAACGGUGAGCUCGCCAACGGAAGCAUCGUUUCGGAAAAGUCGUCCUCCGACAUCCGGAUGCAUUUACUAGCUUCCGAUGAAACGAACGCCAUCGCCGAGGCCGGUUCCGGCGGAGCGACAGUCGGCGGCAUAGCGAACCCCACCACCGUCUGCACGAAAAAGGAGCUGCUCUCGAAACACUCGCCCUUGAUGCAGCGAGCACCGAUCAGCAAGGACAAGAACCCGCGCGAAAAGGGCAGUCUGCACCGAAUCGGAAACAGCGGCACGAACGGGUCGAACGGUGGCGUUUUGGUUUCAUCCAAAUCGAAAUCACCCUCCGACCGCACGAUCGGGUUCCAUCUGGUGCACGAGAAACCGGCAGCGCCCGGGGCAGCGCUGGUGGGCAAAAUGCCCGACUCGAAGCUCACCGAUCUGACGGAAAACGACGACGACAGUGAGGCGGAAAAGCUUUCCCCACUGCUGCGCAAAUCGGACAGCUACGAUGCGGGCAGCAAGCUCGGAGACAUGGCGAUGAAGAAGCUGCUGAUCGGUGGCUCGGGAACCAUUGGUGAGCCGGUGAAUGAGAAAACAUCGCCCUCCGCUGUGAUAACGGAGCUGCUGAAGGGUGCCAUCAUCGGGAGCGAUGAUAUCGGCGUGGAGGGCGGAGGCGUUGAGAUGGGACUGGUCGGAGGGAACAGGGGCGCCGGUGGUGCAAUUAUAUCGAUCGUGACCGACGAUUCGGAGGACUUCUACACGCCCGAAGAUCCACCGGCAACCAGCCCACUGAAAUCGAUCGACGAUGACGACGACGAGCUGCCCAAGCUGGCCGAGAUAGAUACAGGCCGGAAAAUGCUUGUAGCUGCUGCUACCACCGCCCCCGGAGCUAACCAUGGCUCAGCGCCGCCAGCGGCACUCUCCGUACUGAAGGAAGAGUUCUCGCAGGGAUCACUGCCGGACAGCCCGAUAAGUGGCAAUUCGCAAACGUCGACGCGCAGCUCGAGCGACAGCUACUCGUCCAGCUCCAGCACCCGGCAACUGCUGUCGUCCGGUGCGGUACUCAACGACACACCGACGCACGUGCUGAGCUCGUGCGAUUCAACGGCGAACGGGCACAGCAGCGUAUCGAAAGCGGCCGAGUGCGGCAUAGAGAGUGAUUAAGCUGCGGCUGCCGAUGGUCGGAUUGAGCGAUGCAGUGGUGCUACAGGAUUAGGAAAACGUUUCUUCGUAUAUUGGAACAUUAUGUACGCGUUCCAAAUAAACGGACAUACCAGUAAGUGCAAUCCCCCGGAAGGAAGGUGUCACCAAAAUGUACCCACAACCAGGAUGUCAUCGUCUUCGUCUUCUACGCCUUCUUCUUCUUAUUCUUCUUCUUCUUAUUCGCAAUAUGACCGUACAUCAUAUAACAUUUGUAUUGUCUGUUUCGCAAUAGCCUUCUUCACUCGUUCGUUCUCCUCCAUCAUCAUCAUCAUUAUCAUCAACCAUCUCUAAUCUUUCCUCCCUCUCUUCAACUUAAAGUCAUUAUAUUUGGCUGUCUUGCAUUCACUGCCGAUGGCCAGGAUCUGUGUUAGGUUAUUUUUUUCCAUUUUUAUUUGACUGUUAAGUACUCUACCGGAACAAACACACGUAGCAUAGCAUUCAAUGGUAAAUGUAAGUGUGCGUAAUAUGAUAAUAAAAACGAUAUUUUCAUAUUUAAACCAAAA